GGAGGCUUCUCUCCGCCGCGUUAUUAAUAGCAAACGCCGCCCUUCGCUUCGUCCCGCGCUUCGGCAGCUCUGCCAGCCCCGGCUUCUCCCUCCUGCGGCCCCUCGGCGGGCUCAGCCGCUCUCCAGCGGGGACAGGGCCCGGGCAUGGCCCCACUGCCGCGCCGCUUCCUCUGCUUCGUGCUCGCCCACCACUUCAUCGCGGCCACGGCGUGCCACGAGGCGGAGUACGGCCGGCAGAUCCGCGAGCGCUGCCUCCGGCCCUUCAGGCUGAGCAUGGAGGGCAUCGGGCAGCGGCUGUGGUGCGACUGGGACGAGACCAUGGGCACCUACGGGGAGCUGACCAACUGCACGGCGGCCGUGGCCGAGAACCUCACCUGCUACUGGCCCAACCGGCUGGUGGACGAGUUCUUCGUGGCCGUGCACAGCCACUACUUCAGGAACUGCUCCCCGUCCGGCCGGGCGCUGCACGAUCCCCCCAACGGCGUCCUCUGCCCCUUCAUCCUGGUGCCCGUCCUCGUCACCCUGCUGAUGACGGCGCUGGUGGUGUGGAGGAGCAAACGCAGUGAGGGCAUCGUCUAGGGGCGGGUUUCGGGCACGGCGCGGCCGAGGAGCGUCCCAGGGGUGCCGAGGCCCCGCGGCGUCCCUGCCAGCCCCCUCCCCAGGUGGUGGUUCCCAAUUAAAUCAAUCGUUAACGACCCGGUCACCGGACGGCGCGGGAUGCUGGUGGCGGUGAGGAUGCUGCUCGCCGGGUACCAGGGCAGUGCUGCGGCAACGCUCGGCCUUUCCCUGCUUCCCUCCCAGCACCCCACAGCCCCCACUGGGGGGAAAAAAAAAUAAAAAGGAAAAUUUGGGAAAAUAAGGAAAAAAAAAAGACAAAUGGGGGGAUUGGAGUCCUGCCUGCGGUGCCGGCGCAGCACUGGGACGUGCCAUGGCCACGAGGAUGGCAGGUCAGGGUGCAAGCUGGGUGAUGAAACCUUCACUUUUCUUCCUUUUAGCCUUUUUUUCUUUGUUUACCCUUUUUAAGGCCAGGAAGGGCACCUUCUCCCCCCAGCCCACCCAUGGACGGUCGCUGCCCCGCGCUGGGAGGUGACGCCGGUGGUGGCACUGGUGGCCUUGGCGGUGCCGCAGGGCUGACGAGCAGCGGGAGUUGGAUGCGUUUCCUAAUAAAUAAACACCCACAGAAGUAAAGCAGGUGCCGGCCUUUGGUGUGAAGCCUGAGCGCUCAGCCCCUCCACGAAGCCACGGCUCUACGUGGAUCAGGGGCCUCCGGAACCUGCUGCCCGCGGGCUGGGGUUGGGGCGUCCCUGUGGGGUCUCCUUUGGGGUUCCAGGAGCUUCACCCCAAGCUGGGCCCAGGGGAGGGAGGGGUUGGGGCAUCAGAGGCUGAGAAGGGGGGAUCGCACCCAGCUCCGUGCUGCGGGGAGGCUGCUGGGGAGGGAAACGUGGCAAGGGCAGGGCAAGAGCAGCCCCUGAUGCCACCCCAAGGCCCCACUGCUGCCCCCAGGUAGGGGUUUCACCCCUGGCUCUGUGCAGCCCCCUUGCUUCCAUUCUGAGGGCCCCAAAGCUGCAGGACGGCUCAGCACCCUGCCUGCAUUCACAUCCCUGCAGGGACAAAGGUGAGAGCCCCAAAAGUGUGGAGCUUCUCCCCUUGUGCUGCAGGAGGGAAGGUGACAGGUACUGGGGUACAGUGAAGGAGGCUGGUGUUCCCUUCUGCCUCUGUAAGCAAAAAUAUGAUGAGCUUCCCCACAUCCAUGUGGGGUUAACCCUCAGGCAGUGCCCGGGCGCCACACAACACACGCUUGCUCCGUAGGAAACCACACGAACAUUUAUUUCUAUGGUUCAUCUAUUUAUAAAAGCAUUUCGCUCCCCGGCGGGAGCUCGGGGUGCCGCAGCUGGCAGCAGGGGAACGCCAAACGCCCUCGGCCUGGACUCCGAAGCGAUUCCUGAGGUUCGUGCUACUCUUCUCGGGAGGAGCUCGGCUUUCGCCUCCUCUGACCGGGUGGGGGACGUGCAGCUACUUACAGACGAGGCAAUUACAGCGUGAAAUCCUUCCAAAUUACCCAAAAAAGCCAGGCGCACAGGAGUGUUUGAGAGGGGGUGCAGCGCGGUGUUACUCCAAGGCUGAGGGACACCCCCGGGUGCUCUCCGGAUGACGGUGCCUGAAUUCACUUGCAUUAGAUCCAACAGCGCCUGCUGCGCCCUUACCGCAUCCAGAUCCGAAAGCCAAAGGCAGAUUUCUUAAACAAAAAAUCUGCCUUUUGUUACAUUUUCACAGAAAUAUAUAUAUAAUAUAUAUAUAAUCUUACUAAUACUACACAUUUACUUAAGUUACGGAUUAGCCUAUAUUUCUUUUAGCUACUUCACACAAUGGAUAGAAACAAACAAAAAAAACAUACUGUAGCCCAAACAGGAGCUGAAAAUAACAUAAAAAUCCCAAACUUGUGACAAGAUGGACUUACAUUAAAUAUAAUCAGAAUUUCAAUACCAGAGCUAGAGUUUUGUUUCGGGCUUGCGCUCGGGCAAGCUCUCAGCCUGACUUCACUGACUCUUGGAGAAAGCUCCCGUUGUUUUUGCUCAUCAAAGGCAACAGGAUUGGGAUUUGGUUCACAGGAGACCAUUUUAUUGCCAACUUGAAGUGUUCCAAAACCACACCACCUCCUUUCUUUUUUCUUUUUUUUUUUUU